AUGAGGCCCUACGAUGUGUCCUGCGGUCUCCUUCUCAUUCUGUUCCUCGCCCUCUCAAGCCUCUCCUCUGCAACCGAGACGAUGGAGAAAGCCUGCAACCUGACGAUCGACUACCACUUCUGCAUGAAAUCCCUAAAAGCCGACCCUCGAAGCCGUUCGGCAGAUCUCCGAGGCCUCGGCGCCAUCGCCAUCGACCUAUCCAUCGCCCACGCCAACGCCACCACUUCCAAGCUGGAGACCCUGCACGCCAACGCCUCCAACCCCUACACCAAGAACAAGCUGGAGGCGUGCUUGAUACUGUACCGCAACGCACUGCCGCCGCUGCAGCUGGCGGCGGAGUUCUUGGCGUCCAAGCACUUCGGUGUCGCCAAGGCCAUGAUGGAGGCGCCUGUUUUCGCCCCGGGGAGCUGCGAGGGGCUGCUGGGCCAUGUGCUGGCUACGGAGAAUGACAGCGUCUUCAAUCUCAUGCUCAUGGCUAGGCGAUUCGCAGAGGCAUUGGCAUAA